AUGUGGGAAAUUCAAACUGACGUUGACAUCACGCCGCCUGACACACGCCUGUCACACGCCAACCUGUCAUACUUUUCAAGGCUACUUUAUAGGGAUUUUGGAGCGCCAAACGUUGGUUUUCUCUCACCUAUCGUACUGUAUAUAAGGAAAUUUGACGCUUCACUUUUAUUCACCACUUUCAAAGUAAUUAACCUUCCGGUGCAAGAAAACCCUUUUCUCUUUCAAGCACUGUUCAUCAUCUUCUCCACUGCAUCAAUGGAUGCUUCUUCUUCUGUCGAUGAACAAAUGGCUCAAUCAACAAUACUAGGCAUCAUGGCCAAUCAGAAUCUCAUCUUGAACCUUCAUCUAUCCAAGUACAACGCUUUUCUCCAACCACUGAUUGAAUGCAUGCGAUACUCUCCAACCACUAAUUGA